GGACAGCCACAACGCGGCCGUGAGAGCCCAGUUGUCAGGCGGUCAGACGCCCAUGAGCUCAUGCAUGGCAACCGUGUUCAGGCCACCCACCGGCCGAAAGUUCUUGUUUACGCGCAGGCGGCAAAAGCUGGAGCUGAUUGUGCACUGCUUCGGCAGUUCGUAGAAAUCGCCGUCGCCACGAGAGUUGGAGGGUUGCUGUUUCUUGGCGAUAGCGUUUCUGUCCGUUGA